ACCCUACGUCGACUGCUGCAAAACUCACUGUCAGCUGCUCGCUUUGCAGCCGGGCAUCAUUACCUUUCCUUUCAUCCUCUCUCUCUCUCUCUCACUCACUCUCUCUCUCUCCAUAAAUUCCAUUUCCCAUUCUCUCCUAGCCUUCUCGUCUUCUUCUCUCUUCCUCCAUCCAAACCAGCAAAAAACAAAACAAUAAUAAAAAAAUAAAUAAAAGAGAUCUAUUUUUCUUCAGAGUCGCAGAUGUCGCAAGGAUUCGAACUUGCGACGUUCCACGUCCCGCAACAAAGCCGACGAGACAAGCUCCGUGAGACAGCAGCAGCGCAAGCCGGAGGGUGCGCAGGAUUACUCCCUCUCUACGACCCAACUCUCCUGUCUUCCCCCAUGCUAACCUGCGCCACCCCCGACACUGCUCCCACUCUCCACCCCCAGCCACUCGUAAAAGAAGAGGGCCUGAAUUUCAUGGGCUUUGUUGGGAUGGGAAGCGGCCUUUUGUCGUCUUCUACAGCAGCUGUGGCUGCUGCUUCUUCCUCUCACAUCUUCUUAGAUCCGUGCGCUCCAGAAGACAUCUCCAACCCUUUCUUCUAUACAUCGCAACAGACCCAAGCUCAAUCCAUCAGGGAUUUCUGCCAGUCUUAUCCUGCGCCACAGGCCGCCUUAUCCUACGCACCCCAUGAUCCUGCUCCGUCCGCGCAGGGGCUGUCUCUAUCUUUAUCUUCUUCUUCCGAGUACCCGAACCGGUCUUCCGAUCUUCCUUCGACGGCUGCGAUCUUCGAUCAGAAGGGCGUCGGGAAUUGCGGGCCUCGCGUGGAGAUGAUGUCGAGGAGCUCAGUCCCGCUCGGGCCUUUCACGGGCUACGCGGCGGUCUUGAAGGGGUCGAGAUUCUUGGAGCCGGCCAGGCAGCUGCUGGAGGAGUUCUGCAACGUGGGCCAGGGAGUAGUUGAUAGGAGCAGUGGAGAUUCGGCGAUGGAAGACGAUCGGGAGAUGGAGAGCUUGGGAGGUGCGGGAAUUUCCGAUGGUGCGGCGGGGAUCAGUGACGAUCGGAGGCGGAAGACGAGGCUAUUCUCGAUGCUGGAUGAGGCAUAUCGGAGAUACAAGCAGUAUUACCAGCAAAUGCAGGCAGUAGUUGCGUCAUUCGAGUCUAUAGUUGGGGUUAGUACUGCAGCCCCAUACACUUUCCUUGCCCUCAGGGCCAUGUCGAAGCAGUUCCGAUGUUUGAGAAAUGCCAUCACUGACCAACUCCGCUUUACAAGCAAAGAAGAGUCUCCAAGGUUUGGGCUUGUUGAUCAAGGCCUUCGGCACCAAAAAGCAGCUCACAACCCAAGUAUUCUUGACCAACCACAUGUCUGGCGACCCCAAAGAGGGCUUCCCGAACGAGCAGUAGCUGUGCUUCGGGCGUGGUUGUUUGAACACUUCCUGCAUCCAUAUCCAACUGAUACUGAUAAGCAAAUGUUGGCAAAACAAACGGGUCUUACCAGAAAUCAGGUUUCGAACUGGUUCAUCAAUGCCAGAGUGAGACUUUGGAAGCCCAUGGUGGAAGAGAUACACUCACUUGAAAUGAGACAAACUCAGAAAAAUUCAGAAAGAGAGGAUGGAAAUGCCAACAAAGAAGGAGAGCUGCCACUUGCCCCACCAAUCCCUUCUGAUAAACAACCACAAAACACCACCUCACAAAAAACCCAAGACCUGCCUCCAAACCGGUGCAGGAAUGAACUUCCACCUGUACCGAACUAUGGUGAUGAAUCAAUGAACUUUGCAUUCAGCAAUAUUGUCAACCAUCAACAAAGUAUUGGACUUGACGCAGGCAUCGCCAGUGGAAGUGGCGGUGUUUCUCUCACUUUAGGGCUCCGCCAAAAUAAUGGGGUUUGCUUAUCGGAACCAAUGCCAGUCGGCAUUGCUCAUUUCAGCCUUGAAGACAAUGGCAACACCUAUGUGAUGGGUGGUUUUGAACCCCAAAACCGACACUUCGGAAGGGACAUCGGUGGGCAACUGCUGCGUGAUUUUGUUGGAUGAAGAAUGCUGUUCGAGCUUUCGGAGCCCGUAUAUACGGAAUGAGUGCUUACAGUUAGGGAUGGUAUUGCACCACUCCAUGAGAGCUUCUAUCGGUAUUUGGGCAGAGACGGAAGUCAUCGGAAUAUUGUCUCAUGGGCAAUGAGAAGGAUAAAGGAGGGAGGAGAGAGAUUGGGAAAAGGGAUUUUUAAAGAAGGCGGGCCCUUCCAGGUAAUUUUUAUAUAUUCCAUGCAUGGAAAGUAAUAAAAAGAAGACUUGCCUGCUUUGUAUAUGGUAUAUCUGGGUUCAGUUUGUACGGGAGGCUCGAAAUUUGUUAUCUGAUACAGGCACUGUAUGUCUUUCCCGCCAAUGUGUCAGUUCUGCAGUACAUCGGAUCCAUACGAAAGGUGGGCCAUGCAGGAAGACUGCUUUUGCCCUGAGAACUGCGAACAUAUAUUCCUCAUAUGGCCUCCCAUGGAUUUCGACAAUGUAGUCUAUUGGAUUUGUGGGUCAGUCUGUAAUUAUCUCCAGUUCAUCUUCGUCGUGUGGCCCACUGUUUGUAUGGGUCGGAUGUCUUGCGGUAGAUAGAAUGGUGUGUGAUCAUUUCUAGAGGAUGUGUAAAGAGAAUAUUGUCGUCUUAUUAUUUUAAUAUACGAUGGGAAGGUAGAACGUGCAAGUUUUUUUUUU